AAGACAGUUGAAGGAGCCCGAGCGCUCCGGCUCGGCACAAGGGCUUCGCUGGGGCGGGGCAGAGGCGCUGGCUUUAAGCCGGGGGAGGGGACAGUGCAAUCAGCGUUGCCCGUGGAUUUCGGCAAAAGGAAACCUUCAGCUAGCUCGCCAGCGAGGAGUGAGGAGAGGCGGCUCCCACCCCCAGCGCUCACCCCCGCCUACACCCUGGGCGGGCCGAAGUGUCACGUUUGCAAUUGCUCAGGAAGGAUCUGGCCGGUCUCCGGAGGCGAGCCCGGCUGCGGUUUCUGCUGCCUGUCAGGGGAGGCGAUGCCUAGGGGGCAUGCUGCUUGCUAGGCAGCACCCCGCCGGGAUCCGACUGCGUUAGCUCUCCUUGUCACCUGAAGCAAUCGCCGGGCCUCCCGUUUCCGGUACAGACCAGCCAGCUCUCCCCAGGAGUCUCAUCGGAACAGAACCAUGGGACAUCCCCCGCUGGAGUUCAGCGACUGCUACCUGGACAGCCCCGAUUUCCGUGAGAGGCUCAAGUGUUAUGAACAGGAGCUGGAGAGGACCAAUAAAUUCAUCAAAGAUGUGAUCAAAGAUGGCAACGCGCUUAUCAGCGCAAUGAGAAAUUAUUCCUCAGCUGUUCAGAAAUUUUCCCAGACGCUUCAGUCCUUUCAGUUUGAUUUCAUUGGAGACACUCUGACUGAUGACGAGAUUAACAUUGCUGAAUCCUUCAAGGAAUUUGCCGAAUUGCUCAAUGAAGUAGAAAAUGAGAGGAUGAUGAUGGUACAUAAUGCUAGUGAUUUGCUGAUCAAACCCCUGGAAAAUUUCCGGAAGGAGCAAAUAGGCUUCACCAAGGAGCGGAAAAAGAAAUUUGAAAAGGAUGGCGAGAGGUUUUAUUCCUUGCUGGAUCGGCAUCUACAUCUGUCUUCCAAAAAGAAAGAAUCUCAGUUACAAGAGGCAGACCUUCAGGUGGACAAGGAGAGGCACAAUUUCUUCGAGUCCUCCCUUGAUUAUGUUUAUCAAAUCCAGGAAGUUCAGGAGUCCAAGAAGUUCAAUAUUGUGGAGCCAGUCUUGGCCUUUCUUCAUAGCCUCUUCAUUUCCAACAGCUUGACCGUGGAGCUCACACAGGAUUUUCUCCCAUACAAACAACAACUCCAGCUCAGUUUGCAGAAUACAAGAAAUCAUUUCUCCAGUACGCGGGAAGAGAUGGAAGAACUUAAGAAAAGGAUGAAAGAAGCUCCCCAGACAUGCAAACUUCCAGGACAGCCUACCAUUGAAGGCUAUCUCUAUACGCAAGAGAAAUGGGCUUUGGGAAUAUCCUGGGUGAAAUACUACUGCCAGUAUGAGAAAGAGACCAAAACACUCACCAUGACGCCUAUGGAGCAGAAGCCAGGUGCUAAGCAGGGUCCCUUGGACUUAACCCUGAAGUACUGCGUGAGAAGGAAGACAGAGUCUAUCGACAAGAGGUUCUGUUUUGAUAUAGAAACUAAUGAAAGGCCCGGAACCAUCACUCUGCAGGCCCUUUCAGAAGCUAACAGAAGGCUAUGGAUGGAGGCCAUGGAUGGGAAAGAACCUAUCUACCACAGCCCCAUAACAAAACAGGAAGAAAUGGAGCUGAAUGAAGUGGGGUUCAAGUUUGUUAGGAAGUGCAUCAAUGUCAUUGAGACCAAAGGGAUCAAGACAGAGGGAUUGUACCGUACUGUGGGCAGCAAUAUUCAGGUUCAGAAGCUGCUGAAUGCCUUUUUUGAUCCUAAAUGCCCAGGAGAUGUUGAUUUUCAUAAUAGUGAUUGGGACAUUAAGACAAUCACCAGCUCCUUGAAAUUCUACCUCAGGAAUCUUUCUGAACCUGUCAUGACUUAUAGACUUCACAAAGAGCUGGUCUCUGCUGCCAAGUCUGAUAACCUGGAUUACCGGCUGGGAGCUAUUCACUCCCUGGUAUAUAAGCUACCAGAAAAGAACCGAGAGAUGCUGGAACUUCUUAUAAGACACUUGGUCAAUGUGUGUGAGUACAGCAAAGAAAAUCUUAUGACUCCCUCCAACAUGGGAGUGAUCUUUGGGCCCACUCUGAUGAGAGCUCAGGAGGACACUGUGGCUGCCAUGAUGAACAUCAAAUUCCAGAACAUUGUGGUAGAAAUCCUAAUCGAGCACUUCAUCAAGAUCUAUUCAGGUCCACCUGAGGAAAGUGCUGCACCCCCAGUGCCUCCACCUCGAGUGACAGCAAGAAGGCACAAACCAAUCACGAUUUCAAAGCGCUUGCUGCGGGAAAGGACAGUGUUCUAUACUUCUCCCCUGGAUGAAAGUGAAGCUGAAAUCCAACAUCAAACACCCAAUGGUACCAUCACAAGCGGUAUAGAACCCCCCAAGCCACCACAAUACCCAAAGCUGCCUAUUCAGAGGAGUGGGGAAGCUGAUCCUGGGAGGAAAUCCCCAAGCAGGCCUGUUUCAGAUGGCAAGUUGGAGUCAUGCCCUGAGGUGGACAUCGGGAAGUUGGUGCCUAGGCUGCAAGAUGGAGGGACCAAGGCCACACCAAAGGCCACCAAUGGACCUGUGCCAGGCUUUGGGCCCACCAAAGCUCCCUCUUUCCACAUAAAGAGACCAGCUCCUCGGCCCGUGGUUCACCACAAGGAGGGAGACUUUGAUAGUUUCAGCAAAGUGCGGCCUCCAGGAGAAAAGCCAACCAUCAUCCGUCCCCCAGUGAGGCCUCCAGACCCUCCCUGCCGGGCAGCUACUCCUCAGAAGCCAGAACCAAAGCCCGAUAUUGUGGCUGGCAAUGCAGGGGAAAUCCCAUCAUCUGUGGUGGCUUCCAGGACCAGGUUCUUUGAAACAGCUUCCCGGAAAACAGGAAGUUCUCAAGGCAGACUUCCUGGAGAUGAGAGUUGAGGCCUCAGGUUUUAAAGCCUUGGCCUCAGGGAACCCUUUCCAGGUUCUGAAAGGGCCUUCUUCAAACCUUUGUGUGCUGAGUCAUUUUGUGCUGAAGAGCAGCUCCUUCCUGGCCCUGCACCUUCAAGCUCUGGGAUGCUAUAAAAUAAGGGGUGCAUGUCCUAGACACAGGUUUAUUUUUCCUUUGUAUUCUGUCUUCAUUCCCUCAGCUCCUGUUAAGACUGUGAAUGGCUGAAUUCCCUCAAGCCAGCAGAAACCAGGCUAUCCACUGACCUGAGUCGAAGAGGGGAGCUCAGUUUUCAACUCUACUCUGAACUUACUGCCUCCUCAAAAGGCCAUCGAACUCUGAAAGAUUUGGGGCUGAAGACUAAUCUCAGAGGUCUUACCCUGAACUAAAAGCUACUGGAGUUGGGGCCACUGCUUACUCCGGAAGUAGGGGAGUAGGAAUGUUUGCUGAACAUUGGAGACUCUUAAUAUGUCUUUUACUGAGGAUAUGGACCCUGCUGCCAUAUUGGAGGUGCGGCACUGCAAUAUAUUGCCAAUAACCUGUCUACUCCUAUGAG